AAAAAGGUUCUAGGAACCGGUACAUCAGAACCGAAACCGGAACCGAUACCGGAACUGGAACCGUACCGAAAAGAGGAACCUUUUUAUGAACCUAAAUGAAGGAUCAGAACCAAAAUUGGAACCGGUAUUCAAACCCUGAUCAGAACGUUUUAACUGCUUGCACGGGAUGGUAUUGUGUUAGGGAGAUAAGUUUUUUUUUUAUAAUGUUGCAAUUGUGCGGUGGUGUUUUGAAGAAGGUGAAUGGGAGGAGGUUUUAUACUGUCAUUGGGUGGGAUAGGUCGCAGCUCGUGCGUUCGAAAGGUUUGAAUGAGGGCCUAAACGUGGACAAACGAAACUUGGCGAGCGCCGAGCGUAAACAAAGAACGUUCACAGACAGAUCUCAGCUGAAGUAUGCAAGGAGGUUGGUUGUCAAACUCGGCAGCGCUGUCAUCACGCGAGAGGAUGGCAACGGACUGGCCCUCGGCAGGCUGGCGUCCAUUGUCGAACAGGUAGCAGAAUGCCAUCAUGAAGGUAGAGAAUGUAUCAUGGUGACUAUGGUGCGGUGGCGUUUGGAAGGCAGAAGUUGACACAAGAGCUCCUUAUGUCUCUAUCUAUGAGAGAGACAUUAUCAC